AUGUCCGCAGACAACCAUGAGGGUACCGGCGAGGGCUUCUUCUUAACUCCGCAUCAGCAGAAUCUGCUGUUUGCUGCCCUCAACACCAACAAGCAGCAGGUAUCUGCUUCAGCCACGCAGAAUCCGGUAUCUGUUUCGCCCAGCUCUUUCAAAAACUCUCCUGGCAAUAGCUCCGCUAUCGCUGGAGGCUACCAAGAUAGCCCUUUUCUCGACAACUAUGAUUACGAGUUCGCCGAUUCCAGCUUCGACUUUUCUUUUGCCGGCAAUGACCAGGCUGCCAUGAUUGGCGAUAUGCCGUCCACAUCGGACAAGUCCGAUACGCCCGACGAUGACAUUCAUGAGAAGCGAAGUUAUCCUGACGACGAUGACGAAGCUCUCGAGAAUGACGCUAAAAGGCGCGAGGCUGGCGAAAAGGUUCCCAAGAAGCCUGGCCGCAAGCCGCUGACAUCUGAGCCUACUUCUAAACGCAAGGCGCAGAACCGUGCUGCCCAGAGGGCAUUCCGCGAGAGAAAGGAGAAGCACCUCAAGGAUCUUGAGAUCAAGGUGGAGGAGCUUGAAAAGGCUUCCGAGGCUGCCAAUCAUGAAAACACAAGACUUCGAGCUCAGGUUGAUCGGAUGAACAUAGAACUGAAGCAGUACAAGCAGAACAUGUCUAUGCUCGCCCAGUCCAAGUCUUCACCGCAGGUCCCCUCUCUCGGCGCUAGCAACAGGAUCAACGAUGUCAACUUUCAGUUUGAGUUUCCCAAGUUUGGCGCUCUGCCAGGUCCGCCACCCAACAAACCCCAAAGAUCCAUUUCGCAGCCUCUCAGCCCCCACAACGGCACCCAGGUGUCUAGCCCUGCCCUCAGCCUGAACAGCGAUAGGAAGCCGCCUCAGCAAUCCGCUGCUCAGUUCAAGGAAGACUUGGCCAAAUUCUCAAAUAUUUUCUCUCCUUCGAUGAGUAGCUCCGCCGGCAAUGGCUCGGGCGCUAGCGUUGACUCUGCCAAUUAUGGCUUCCCCGGAGCCACAAGCUCACCAUCGGCCUCGUCGAACUCCAAUGCUGGACCCAGCUCGUCCUGCGGCACCUCCCCCGAACCUUUCAGCCAGUCUCCAAUGGGAUUCAAGCCUGUGGAGGCGCUUAGCACAAUCGGCGAAGAGCAACUUACCACGACGACUCCACAGCAACCAUUUAGCACGUUUGGCAAUGCCGACUUUGGCAAUAGUAGCCUUGACUGGCUUGCACAGCAGAAUGGUGGCCAGUUUGACCCUCAGCUGUUCAAUGACUACAGAGAGCCCCAGCAAAAUAUCUUGUCCAACCCUUCUUUCGAUGACUUUUUCAACGACGCUUUUGAUGCCGAUUUUCUUACGCCAUUCAACACUGCCCCUAGUCCCAACCUGGCCAAGAAAAGCAAUCUUAUGGCCGAGAUUGACGCUCAACAGAAGGCGGUUGAAGACGAUAUUCCAAUGGGUGGUAAGAAUAGAGGAGCUCACGAGAUCUGGUACGUUACCCCGCCACCGCCACCGCAGUCGGACUCAGACUUUAACCAUUUAUACAGGGAGAAACUUCAAGAAUGCCCUCAGGCUCAGAGCGGCGAUUUUGAUCUCGACGGCCUGUGCAGCGAGCUCACCAAGAAAGCAAAGUGCUCUGGCAAUGGUCCUGUUGUCGGCGAGGUUGACUUUGACAAUAUUCUUAAAAAGUUCAUGGGCAAGGACGCCACCUCGGACAUCACCUCAGCUUGUGUCGCCGACAAGCUCGGCAUCGAAGUAACUAGGAGCAAAACUUCCAUCAAGAAAUAG